ACAUGUCUACAAACGAAAAAGGCUCUGGUGUUUUGGCAACUCCAGCGCCAGAGAGUCCAAGUGAUGAUGGCUCCUCGAAGGCUGUCCGUAAGCNCAACAUGGUAUCGUUCUACCUUCUGGAAUGCAUUGAUUCUGGGUAUUUGCAACUUUCUGGCUCCCGGUAUCUGGGGUGCCAUGAAUUCACUCGGCGGCGGCGGGCAACAGUCACCAACACUUGUGAACUCAGCCAACGCCUUGACGUUCUGCCUCAUGGUGCUGACUUGCUUCUUCUCAUCUGUCAUCGUACGCUGGGUGGGCAUCAAGUGGGCUCUCAUCAUCGGCACAUUAGGGUACUGUCCUUAUGCAGCUGGCCUGUUUGUCAACAACCGCUACGGUGACGGCUGGUUCGUUCUGUUCGGUGCAGCAUUCUGCGGCCUCUCGGCUGGUAUAUUCUGGUCUGUGGAAGCUGCCAUUGCGCUGGCCUACCCUGAACCCCACAAUCAAGGCCGCUUUUUGGGAUUCUGGCUGAGCUUUCGUCUUGGUGGGCAGAUCCUUGGUGGAGCCAUCAAUCUCGGCGUCAAUGUUCACAACAACAAGGCUGGCUCUGUAUCGUACCAUGUCUUUGAGGCGUUCAUCGCACUUCAAGCUUUAGCACCUUUUGCUGGCUUGUUGCUGAGUCCGCCGGAAAAAGUGCAGAGGACAGACGGCUUGCCCGUUCGUCUGAGCAUUGGCAACAGCAUUACUCACGAGCUCAAGGAAAUGACCAAGUUGUUCUUCAGCAAACGCUUCCUUCUGGUCGUGCCGCUGAUCGCGCAAANNGCCGUCUAUGCGGAGGCCGUCUUCUUCACCUUCCAGGGCCUGUGGUUCAGUGUCCGCCCCCGCGCGCUGGGCUCUUUUCUCUCUGGCAUUGUUGCCGUCACCAUGGGCAUUUUCCUCGGCAGGUUUCUCGACUCCACCAAGUUCAGUCUUAAGGUUCGGUCUCGUGGUGCGUUUGCAACAAUCUUGGGUCUUCAAGGUGCUUGGUGGAUCUGGGCGACGGUGCUGGUCACCGAGUUUGACAAGACUGACCCUACCUACGACUGGGUUGAUGCAGGAUUUGGCAAAGGGUUUGCGUUGUUCUUGUUCUGGGUGGCUGAAUUUCAACUCAACUAUCUGUUCCUCCUGCUUCGCGGCACAGAAUCCGCUGUCCAAGCCGUUAGUUAUGGUCUAGGUAGCGUGUCCGUCAUGGCACGAACCGGAAACAUCUACCUCAACUUUGGUCUUUGGGGACUAUCGUUGUUGCCGGCCUGGCUGGUCGUAUCGGAGAUUGGAGUCACGCUGGGGGACAACAAGAACGCCCGUGAAGGAGUGUUGCAGGAAGACAGCCGCUAA